AAACAGAUUAAUUUGCGUCUCAUCUUCCAAACUGUAAUGAUGUUGCUUCCACUGAAGCAAAUCCUCUUUGCGCUGCUCGGUGGUUUUUCUCUUAUACUCCUAGUCCAUGCCGAGGAUGAUCAAUCAGGCUUCAUUAGCAUAGAUUGCGGCCGAACUCAAAAUUCCAGCUACACUGAGAAGACAACAGGCAUCAACUACAUUUCUGACACAGGCUUCAUAGACACCGGUGAAAGUAAGCUCGUUUUGCGUUAUGUAAAAGAUAUUUAUCAACAGCCAUACUGGGGUGUCAGGAGCUUUCCCGAAGGAAUCAGGAACUGCUACAAGAUCAAUGUUACAAGUGGGGACAAAUAUUUGAUCAGAGCAAGUUUCGUGUAUGGGAACUAUGAUAGCAAAGAUGAACUACCAACAUUCCUCCUUCAUCUUGGAACAGAUUUGUGGGAUUCAGUGAAGGUGGAGAAUGUAUCCCUUUUCAUAAACAAGGAGCUCAUCCAUGUCCCUCUCCGAAAUUAUAUACAUGUUUGUCUGGUGAACAAUGGCUCCGGGGUUCCGUUUAUAUCAGCAUUAGAAUUAAGGCGUUUGAACAUUACAUCCUAUCAAACACAAAUUGGGUCCUUGGCACUUAACCGGCGGCUUGACAUUGGACAAAUAGCACCUGAUCUAAAAUCUUAUAGGUAUCCAAAGGAUAUUUAUGAUCGCUUUUGGUAUCCCUAUGAGGAUGUUGACAAUCAGUGGUUAACAUUGGAUACUUCAUUCACCGUCGACUUUGACAAACAUAACAGCUUCCAACCAGCAUCAAUUGUCAUGAGCACAGCUGCCACAUCACAAAAUCCUAAUGUUCCCUUGAAUUUAUGGUGGGAUCCUCCUAUUGAUGCAGACGAUACAGAAUAUUAUGUUUACAUGCACUUUGCAGAAAUUGAACAGCUCCAAUCCAACGAGUCCAGAAUGCAGUACAUUACUAACCAUGGAGAGCUCUACCGGAAGUCAUUUGCUGCUAGUUAUUUGUACACCACAACAAUUUACAGCAGGACAGGUUUGAGAGGAGGGCAGAAUUUUUCAAUCAUCAAGGAUGACAACUCUACCCUUCCACCCAGUAUCAAUGGAGUUGAGGUUUACACACUGAAAGAAUUCCUAGAAUUAGAAACAAAGCAAGAGGAUGUUGAAGCAAUCACAAACGUCAAGUCAACUUAUGAAAUUACAAAGAAUUGGCAGGGAGAUCCAUGUCUCCCACUAAACUACUCGUGGGAAGGCCUAAAAUGUAGCUAUCCUGAAGAUGACUCCCCAAGAAUCAUUUCCUUGGACUUGUCGAUGAGUGGAUUAACAGGAGAGAUUUCUCAUUCAAUAUCCAAUCUCGCAAUGAUACAAACAUUGGAUUUAUCAAACAACAACUUGACAGGACCAAUUCCGGACUUUUUGUCUCAAUUGCCAGAUUUAAAUGUCCUGAACCUGGAGAAAAACAAGUUCACAGGCUCACUUCCACUAGGACUCGUUGAAAGAAGGAAGAAUGGCCUCCUAUCAAUAAGUUUGUGUGACAACCCAAAUCUAGCCGCAAAUGAAUCUUGCACAACAAAAAAGAAGAACAAAAGCAUUAUUCCAAUAAUUGGAGCUAUUGCCGGAAUUUCAACCCUCAUGUUAGCUGGAGCAGUUUUCUUCUGUUUCUGUAAAAAGAAAAGACUACAUGUAGCUGCAAUCGAUUCAAAACCCAACCCUGGAUCAGUGGAACUCGAGCAAAAAAACCGAAAGUUUACAUACUCUGAGAUCCUCAAGAUCACAAACAACCGGCAAAGGGUUCUUGGCAAAGGUGGAUUUGGAACUGUUUAUCAUGGCUACAUAGAUGACAAAACUCAAGUAGCUGUCAAGCUGCUUUCACCAUCAUCAAGUCAAGGACUUCAACAAUUUCACGCAGAGGUUCAUCUUCUUAUGCGAGUUCAUCAUACAAACUUGACUAGCCUCGUUGGAUAUUGUGAUGACGAAAUCAACAAAGGGCUUGUUUACGAGUACAUGGCCAAUGGAAACUUGCAAGCAUUUCUCUCAGAUCAAAGUUCAGGUGUCUUGACUUGGGAAGGAAGACUUCAAAUAGCAACAGAAGCUGCGCAAGGAUUGGAGUAUCUACACUAUGGUUGUAAACCAGCUAUGAUCCAUAGAGAUGUGAAAUCAACAAACAUCCUACUCAAUGAAAAGUUCAAAGCCAAACUCUCUGAUUUUGGCCUGUCAAGAAACUUUGCUUCAGGAGAUGUGUCUCAUAUAGUUACAUGUGUUGCUGGUACUCCUGGCUACCUUGCACCUGAGUACCAUCAAUCAAACAGGCUGAAUGAGAAGAGUGAUGUUUAUAGCUUUGGGAUUGUACUGCUUGAGAUUAUCACUGGUCAACCUGUUUAUUCAAGAACAAAUGGUGAGAGAACUCACAUUAUUAGAUGGGUUGAACUCAUGCUUCUGCAAGGAGACAUUUACAGUAUCAUCGAUCCGAUGUUAGAGAGAACCUUCAAUGUCAACUCUGCCUGGAAAGCUAUUGAAAUAGCAAUGGCAUGUGUAUCUGCAGAGGCCAGCAAGAGGCCAGUCAUGAGCAAUGUUGUGAUGGAACUAAAAAAGUGUUUGCCAGCACAGCUCGAUCUAACAAACCACAGCAGCUAUGAAACUGAACUAGGAAGUUCCAUUGAUGUGGUGUCUCAAAAUAACUCCAUCACUAUGAUGUGUCCCUCAGUAAGGUAGUUGUAGUACUUUUGUCGACAAAAUAAUGUCUCAACAUACAAUGCUAUUAAUCUGUAUUAUGUAUGGUGGAAGCAUUUGAUGCC